AUGGAUGACACUUUAGGCAUUCUAUGCGGCGAGGCUUCAUGUUUGUUCAGGGAGAUUCCGCCCCUGGAAGUUGCUGUCUCAACGCCACCCCAAUCUGGACUGGCCGGGAGCUGUCCUGUCAAGACAGUCUCAGAGCUGGAAUCCAGGAGCCCAAUCACGGCCAAGCUAAAGAGUAUGGAAUCAGCCGAAGGCCCGAACGGAGGCUUACAGAUCCGGGGCACUAGCUUAGGAACGAGACAGUGCCGAUUCCUGUUGGGUGACAAGAAGCACAUCAUUCUCAAGUCUUUUCCUCGCCACAGCACGCACUCUCUUGAUCUCAGAAUAUCCUCGAACUCAUUCAAUAAUUCAAACCAACCUCUCACGAUGCGCUUCAACAACAUUGCCAUGGCCGCGACGGCUGUUGCCGCUGUUUCUGCGCAGCGACCUACGGACACUCCCAUCUGCGAUUACUACACGACGGCCCUGCUCAAGAACAACACCGCCGAGAACCAGCUCACCCUCCUGACUCUUCUGGUCAACACUGUUGUCAUCGGAAACUGUGAGCAGAAGGCCUCACGCCACACCGCUCCGUCAUUGCUAAUAGGUUAUGUGCUGUUAGACACCCAACCCAAUGUCGGCAUCAUGGUUCCAGGUAUCCUUGCUCCUGGCAAGAUUAACAAGACCGAUGUCAACCUGCUGCCCUACUUCUCCGGCGAGCUUGCCUCUACCAACCGUGGUGGUAAGACCGGCGAGUCUGUCAACUUCCUCGAUGGAGGUGCGGCUAAGCCCCUCAUGAAGAACAUGGCGGCCGACGAUAAGUCGUCAAACCAAUACUUCCUCCUCACUCACCUUUACCAAUUCUUUGGUUCCCUCCUUGGCUGCUCCAUGCAGGGAAUGUCCGGCUUCUCCGCGUACAAGGGCGAAUCGUCGAUGUACAGCGUGCACAAGUUCAUGGACCUCGACUACGCCGAGGUCACCUACUUCAUCACCCAGGUUGGCCUUGCUGCGGCCUCGUUCGGAGUUGCUGAAGAUGAUAUCAAGGUUGUUGCCACUGCUCUUGGCGGCCUCUUCAACGUCCGCUGCGCCCCUGCCACGACUGUCAUCAAGGCCCAGGGCUCCCAGCUCCAGUCCAUCUGCAUCGACACCAAGACUUGCCCCCUGGCUAUGGACGGUGUCUGCUCCAAAUACGAUACCCCCGUCAUGCCCAAGAACGCUACCGAGAGCGGAUCCGGGAGCUCGUCUACCGCUACUAUGACCGGUACCAUGAGCGGCAGCGCAACCGCUACCGGCACGGCAGCUAGCAGCACUUCCACUGGCGGUGCUGCUGCCGUUGGCCUCAGCUGGGCGGCUGCCGCCAUUGGAUUUGCCGCUUUCAUGCUAUAAGGAGAAGGAAGGUUAGG